ACGCACGCUGGUGCUGGGCCGAGACAGGCUGCUCCGGCGGCUUUGGCGAGGGUGCAGCGUGCCUGCCUGCCUGCCGCACCCAGCGCCGGCCAUGGGGCACGCGCCACCCGUGCGCCGAACCUCGGCCCCUCCGCCACCGGCAGAGAUUCGCAUGGCUGCCAGUCGAGGGUGGUAUAUAAGGCCUCACCGCUGGUGCUCCGCCCUUCUGCCCGCACGAUCACCUCCCGUCACCCCCCUUCCCCCCUGCCACCUCACCACCUUCACGACCACACGUCAUCCACACCGCCUCACGACACCCACCUCACCGCACCACUCUCCGCACACACACCAUGGCGUCCGCCGAGCUCCGCAACCGCGGCCCGGCGCCGCUCGAGCCCGGCCUGCGCACGCCGCCGGCCGACCAGCUCUCGCCGCCGCAGUCCGAGGCGUCGGAGGAUGAGGGCGUGGCCGUGCCGAGCCGCGGCGGCAAGAAGGCCUCGCCGCGCCCGCACCCCGACGACGACAUUCCCGACGACUACGUCACGCGCACGCUGCAGCGCGAGCCGGCGCUGCCGCCGAUCCAGUGGAAGAACAUCCUGAGCGAGAUCCAGUGGGUCUCGUUCAUCAUCCUCACCUCGACGCCGCUGCUCGCCGUGUACGGCAUGUGCACGACGCCGCUGCAGCUCAAGACGGCCGUCUGGGCCGGCGUCUACUACUUCUUCACCGGCCUCGGCAUCACGGCCGGUUACCACCGGCUGUGGGCGCACCGCAGCUACGUCGCCAGCCGGCCGCUCGAGUACUUCCUCGCCCUCAUGGGCAGCGGCGCCGUCGAGGGCAGCAUCCACUGGUGGGCGCGCGGCCACCGUGCCCACCACCGCUACACCGACACCGACCUCGACCCCUACGGUGCGCACCACGGCCUGCUGUGGAGCCACCUCGGCUGGAUGAUUGUCAAGCCGCGCCGCAAGCCGGGCGUCGCCGACAUCUCGGACCUGCGCCGCCACCCCGUCAUCCGCUUCCAGCACCGCUUCUACCUCCCGCUCAUCGUCAUCAUGGGCUUCCUCUUCCCCACGGCCGUCGCCGGCAUGCUUUGGGGCGACUGGCGCGGCGGCUUCUUCUACGCCGCCGUGGCGCGCCUCGUCUUCGUGCACCACUCGACGUUCUGCGUCAACUCGCUCGCGCACUACCUCGGCGAGGCGAGCUUCGACAACAAGAUGACGCCGCGCGACCACUUCAUCACCGCACUCGUCACCGUCGGCGAGGGCUACCACAACUUCCACCACCAGUUCCCCAUGGACUACCGCAACGCCAUUUCGUGGUACCAGUACGACCCGACGAAGUGGUUCAUCGCGUCGAUGAAGGCCGUCGGCCUCGCCACGCACCUCAAGACGUUCCCGGACAACGAGGUCAAGAAGGGCCGCGUCGCCAUGCAGCUGCAGAAGCUGCACGGCGAGCAGGCCAAGCUGCAGUGGCCCAAGAGCACCAACGACCUGCCCGUCAUUUCGUGGGACGACUUCCAAGAGGAGGCCAAGACGCGUCCGCUCAUCGUCGUCGCCGGCUUCAUCCACGACGUCUCGGCGCUCGACCACCCGGGCGGCGAGGCGCUGCUCAAGUCGCGCAUCGGCAAGGACGCCACCACGGCCUUCCACGGCGGCGUGUACGACCACUCCAACGGCGCCGCCAACCUGCUCUCGUCGCUGCGCGUCGGCGUCCUCGACGGCGGCUACCAGCUGGCCGUCGACGAGCUGGCCAAGGCCGAGAAGCUGCAGGCCGAGGCCGCCGCCAUCCUGCCGAAGAGCAGCGCGCCCGAGGCCCAGUGGUCCGCGCCGCAGCCCACGGCAGACUACCGCGGCGUCGACGCCCGGGCCCUCGCCUACAUGGCGCCCGGCCAGACGUACAGCAUCGCGCAGCGCGGCGAACUCAAGGAGAAUGCCGUGGCGAAGAAGAGCGGCAACAAGGUCGGCCGCCUGCUCUAAGCGGAGCAGCGCGCGCGCCCGCCUUGCGCACCAUCUCGCUCUCUCACCUCGUCACGCAUCUUCACGACCAUCCCUGGUAGCCCUCGUUCACCGUUCAUGCAUCUCGCUAGUCUCGCCACAUCCAUCCACACACCAUGUAGUUACCUCUCUCUCUUCAUCACCUGUCCUUUCUCGUGCCCACCCGAGCCAAUUCAUCCGCUCAUAGA